AUGGUAACGGUCUACCCCGAGCAGCAUGGCAUCGGAGUGCUGUGCAGCUGUUCCCCCUCACGAAACGGGGAAGCUGAGAGGGGUCCUUUCCUUGCGCCCCCCGCCCUCCCCGACGACUUUGAAGCCGCCCGUCUGUCUUUCGCGAAACCGAAAGAGACGGAUCUCACUUCAGCUUCCAAACUUUCCAGCUUUGGAGCGAAGCGCGCGGUGGAGAACGCCCCUGGCAUGCGCUGUUCCGGUCCGUUAAAAAACCUGGGAGACACAGGUGUGUACACCUGCACAGCGUCCAGCCCCAGUGGAGAGGCCUCCUGGAAGGCGUAUCUGGAGGUGCAAGAGUUUGGAGUUGCAGUGCAGCCCGUCAGGCCCACGGACCCGAACCUCAUCCCCAGCGCCCCGUCCAAACCCGAGGUGACCGACGUCACCCGCACCUCCGUCUCCCUGUCCUGGAAGCCCAACCCCACCUCCGGAGCCACGCCCACCUCUUACAUCAUCGAGGCCUUCAGCCACGCCUCCGGCAGCAGCUGGCUCACGUUGGCGGAGCAGGUGAGGACGGAGACCUUCGUGCUGCAGGGGCUCAGGCCCAGCGCCGUCUACCUGUUCCUGGUGCGAGCCGCCAACGCCUACGGCCUGAGCGACCCCAGCCCCAUCAGCGACGCCGUCAAGACCCAGGACACUCCUCCCACCAGCCAGGGUGUGGACCACCGGCAGAUCCAGAGAGAGCUGGGGGAUGUGCUGAUCCACCUGCACAAUCCCAUAAUCCUUUCCUCCUCCUCGGUGCAGGUGCAGUGGACGGUGGAGAAGCAGUCCCAGUACAUCCAGGGCUAUAAGGUGCUGUACCGGGCCUCUCCAGAGGGGGGCGCCACACGGGCCCAGUGGGAGGUUUUGGAGGUGCACUCCCCGGGGGAGGACCGGGCCGUCGUCCAGCAGCUGAAGAAGGGGCUCAGCUACGAAUUCAAGGUGCGACCGUUCUUCAACGAGUUCCAGGGCGCGGACAGCGAGGCCAGGACCGCCAGGACGCUGGAGGAAGCACCCAGUGGAGCCCCCCGUAUGGUUACCGUGACGAAGAGCAGCAGCAACGGGACGGCGAUCGUGGUUGCCUGGCAACCGCCUCCGUUGGAGGAACACAAUGGCGUAGUGCAGGAGUACAAGAUCUGGUGCCUUGGCAAUGAGAGCCGUUACCAUGUCAACCGCACCGUGGACGGCUCCACCUUCUGGGUGCUGAUCCCCAGCCUGUCGCCCGGGAUACGCUACAGCGUGGAGGUUGCCGCUAGCAACGCUGCCGGCCUGGGCGUCAAGAGCAACGUCACCUUCUUCCAGCUGGACGCAGCAGGGCGGGUCGUGGAGGGCGGGGCGGGGCCGGAGGACACGCUGACCCAGCAGAUCUCGGACGUGGUGAAGCAGCCGGCCUUCAUCGCGGGCAUCGGCGCCACCUGCUGGCUGGUCCUGAUGGUGUUCAGCGUCUGGCUGUACCGCCACCGCAAGAAGAGGAGCGGCCUGAGCGGGAGCUACGCGGGAAUCCGCAAGGUUCCAUCCUUUACCUUCACUCCAACAGUGGCCUACCAGCGCGGGGGAGAAACUGUCAGCAGCGCAGGAAGGCCCGGCUUGUUGAAUAUGGGGGAUCCGGCCCCCCAGCCCUGGUUGGGGGACCCCUGGCCCAACGCCUGCCCCAAUCACAAGGACUGCAGCAUCAACUGCUGCAACAGCGGGAACGGGACCAGCGACAGCAACCUCACCACCUACAGCCGACCAGCCGAUUGCAUCGCCAACUACAGCGGCCAGCUGGAGAGCAAGCCAUCGGGGCUGCUGGCAGCCGACUCGGGCGUGUACAGCGACGUGGACCUCUCCAACAAGAUCAACGAGAUGAAGACCUUCAACACCCCCGGCAUGUGCUUCAUGGGCCUGGGGGGGCCAGCCACGCCCUACGAGCCCACCCCGUACGCCACCACCCAGCUCAUCCAGUCCAACAUCGCCAGCAAGAACGCCGGGGGCGGAGUCGGGGGCGGGGCCGGGGCCGGGGGCGAACUCUGCUGCGAGAAGCGGGGCUGGAAGGCUGGCCCGGCCCUGCAGCAGAAGCCUCAGGAAGUGACAUCACAGCCGCAGUACAGCGUCGUGGAGCAGAACAGACUGAAUAAAGAUCACUACAGGGGUGGAGAGGGGUGCCUGCAGACCACCAUCCCCUACAGCCCGGCCCCGGAGCACAGCAGCACCGGCUCCUACCACAGCUCGGACCGGGCCAGCACCAGCACCUCCGGGAGCCAGGGUCCCAAGAAAGGAACCCGCGCCGUCAAAGCCCCCAAACAGGGGGCGAUGAACCUGGCCGACCUGCUGCCCCCUCCCCCCGCCAACCCCCCUCCCUGCCAGAGCUCCGGGGAGUACGCCCUGUCGCAGGAGAACGGCUUUGACCCGGACUCGUCGUGCCCCACCCUCCCGGCGCGGAUGUACCUCCAGCCAGGCGAGAUGGAGGAGGAAGAGGAGGAGGAAGAGGAGGCUGCGGACAGGUGUCCCACUCCACCCGUCCGAGGGAUGGCCUCGUCCCCGGCGGGCGUGUCCUACGGCCACCAAUCAACCGCCACGCUCACGCCCUCCCCCCUGGAGGAACCAAUCACAUGCGACGGCCAUGACAACCACAGGAGGCACACAACAAGCCCCCCGGGCCUCGCUGGGCCCGUCUCCCCCCCCCACAACUAUGGCUACGUCUGCAGCCCCCGGGUGCGGGACAGCGACCGGCUGGAGGAGGAGGAGGAGGAGGAGGCGGAGACUGAUGCGGAGGCGGGGCCGGGGGCGGGGCCAGACGAGGGGCAGUACGCGCAGCUGCAGGACCGCCUCCGCAGGCUGGGCCAGACCCCGGCGUCCAGCGUGGGGGACCUGGAGAGCUCCGUGACGGGCUCCAUGAUCAACGGCUGGGGCUCCGCCUCCGACGGCGGCUCCGCCUCCUCCCGCCGGUCCAGCGGCGGCGACGGCGACUCCUCCGACGGCUCCUUCUUCACCGACGCCGACUUCGCCCAGGCCGUGGCCAACGCCGCCGAGUACGCCGGCCUCAGGGUGGCCCGCCACCCCUCCGGCACGCUGCCGGAACACGCCGGGCCCGGGGGCCGGAAGUAUCCCAUGACCCCUCCGGGCCGCCGCCGCCCCAGCAGCCCCGUCUCCACGGACAGCAGCAUGAGCGCCGCCGUCAUGCACAGACGACCCCCCAAGAAGCACAAACGACACGCGUCUGGAGACCAGGGUUACCAGGGUUACCAGGGUCACCAAGGUUACCAGCAGCCCGAGGGCGAUGUGGAAGAUGUCCUGAACUCACAGCCGACUGGGCUGGUGCCCUCUGGCGCCCCCCUGAGGCCUGGGGUGGAGGGGCAGGGCUUUGCGGACCACAGGGACCGGAGGGGGGGGGUCGGAGGCGUCCCGUCCUGGGGAAGAGUGGCAGAGGAGCCUGAGGAGGGGCAAAGAGGAGGGCAACAAGGCCCACCAACACCCAGAUGUGCCCUCCUACAGCCGGCCCUCGUUUCCCUCGGCGACGGCCCCUCGGGACCCCAGGUCCUCCGGCUCCAUGUCCUCCCGCAGCUCUGAGGGCCGCAGGAGAGGGGAGGGGGGCCCCGGGGCCCGCUGGAACCCCCCCAACACCCUGGGGGGCCUCCAAUAUGAGGAGGGAGAGGAGGAGCUGCAGGAGAGCUGAAGGUCGGAGACGGGGAUCGGAAGGUCGGAGCUGAAGGUCGGAGGUGAAGGUCGGAGCUGAAGGUCGAGGCUGAAGGUCGGAGGUGAAGGUCGGAGCUGAAGGUCGGAGGUGAAGGUCGGAAGAGAGGGUCGGAGGUGGGGAUCGGAACGACAGCAGGACAUUUUCGGGAGAACCAUUGUGACACGUCACCUUACAGAAGGGAGGCUUGCCCUUCAGCUGACUCCUCAAAAUGGCUGCCCAGGACAUCACUCUGCAGCAAGGGAUUCUGACCUCACUUCCUGUUUUUAAACGCAUCUGAAACACCAGACUGAGAGGACUAAACCACCCUGGCAUGAACACCAGGAGGGCAACCUCACCUCCCAAUU